AUGGAGGCUCAUGUUGAAUAUUAUGAUACCCCUGCCAAAAUAGAAGCAUUGAAGUAUAUUGCCUCGUCAGUUCCUAGCGGUGCACUUGAUGCAGCCAUUAUAGCGAUUGAUUUGUUGGAGAUUACUAAUUACAAACGCCAGCAUUUUCCCUUUUUUGAGAAGAUCGUCGCCAGCAACGGAGGCAAAGUUAUUGAUUUGACAGCAAGCGAAUUGGAAACCAAAAUAAAUGAAAAAAUUAAAGAAUAUGAGGAGCAAGUCCGGGAAAUUUCAGAAAUCCUACAAAAUUUAGAUGUGGAUGAUAAUGCUUUCACCAUGUUGGAUGACAGUUCCGAAGUGGCAACCGUAGGAUCGCAACUCAGAGACGCGGUUUUCAGUUAUGCAAUCCAGCAAUUAGCAAAUGACGAUUACUCAGGGGCCUCAUCAUGCUUGAAUAUUUAUGUAUCGAAUUAUCCAGUGACUUUAUUCGGUUUCAGAGACCUUGAAAGAUCAUGCUAUGUCGCCUAUAUUUCUGGCCGCUAUGAAUCGGUCACUAAAAUGAAGGUCAAACUUGAAAAUAUUAUUUCUGGUGAUCUCCGGAUGGAAUCUUUGCCACAGGCGGAAAUUAUAAGUUAUUUUAAAAUUCAAUGGAUCAUAUUGAUGGCCAACUUCCGGCUAAAGAAGUAUGAGAAUGUGAAAGUAUUAUAUAAUGUUGUCAUCAAUGCUCCUCCUGUUGAAGGGAUCAGUGCGUGCGAUGUUUUAGAAACUUGUUUUAUCCCAAGAGAACAACAGGAUGCCAAGAUUUCUAACUGUGAUAAUUUUAUCAGCAAAAACGAUAUAUUAAUCGCGACUUUAGUAUCGACGAUUUUAUCUAGCAAAGAUAAAGAAAUCAAGCUGUUCCUAAGACAACACAUUUAUGAAGAUUUCUUUGAAGAAAAUCCCCAAUUCUUGAAAUUUCUGGAAAGCCUUGUGAGGAAAAAAUUUUCUGCAUUUGAAUCCUCGACAACUGAACUUUGCACCACAUACUUUCAGUAUAAUUAUAAUUUCAGAGUUGAGGAUUGGGCCCAUAUCAAAAAGAUUCUAAUAAUGAGAUGUAUUUUAUUCUAUUUUUCUCUAAUUGAUAAAAUCUCAUUAAGUGAUCUAUCUCAGAGGUUGGGGAUUGGCAAGUCCGAACUAAUCACCUUGGCUCUUCAACUCAUGAAAGUUUUGAAUCUCAACAUGUCUUAUGAUCCAGUUGAUAAAUUAUUUGUGCGCUCACAGUCAAAGUAUCCUACCCAAGACCUUUCCUCUAUUGUUAAGAACCUUGAAAAUUACAUUCAAGCUACCAUGAUACAGAAUACGGUUCUCAAAGCUUUAGAGGAAUGA